CCCAUUGUUUCCCCAGGCACUCAGGGAUUUGCUCCUGGGCCACCACAAACUCCGUUGUAAAGGUUUCCAGGAUGCCAGGAAACUGAAUAAAUCUUCCAGGAGAAUGGUCCUAACUCAUUUCCCAGGCCCUGAAAAGGCCCGGAGGCUCUCGAACAUGGCCAGACACUCCAUCCUGUAUUCCAUCCUGCUGAGUGCUCUGAUUGACAACGGCCAAGCCUGUUACUGUGACCAUUACGUAUGGAGUGAGUGGUCCAGCUGCUCAAAAACCUGCAACGCUGGAACCCAGACCAGACAGAGAAGUGCAGUAAUAAAUGAUUACUUUGUGAAGAACGACUGUGGCAAGCUUUGCGCCUUCCAUGAGAGCAGAGAAUGUAACGUGCAAGCUUGUCCCAUCAACUGCCUCCUGGGAGAUUAUGGACCAUGGUCAGGCUGUGACCCUUGUGUUGAGAAACAGUUCAAGGUUAGAUCUAUGCUGCGCCCCAGUCAGUUUGGAGGGCAACCGUGCACUGAGCCCCUGGUGAAUUUUCAACGAUGCAUUCCAUCCAAACUCUGCAAAAUCGAAGACAUGGACUGCAAGAAUAAAUUCCGUUGUGACAGCGGCCGCUGCAUUGCCAGCAAAUUAGAAUGCAACGGAGAAAAUGACUGUGGAGACAAUUCAGAUGAAAGGGGUUGUGGGAGGAAAAAAACAGUCUGCUCGCGGAAAUUCGAACCCAUCCCUAAUGUGUACAGGAUGGGCACUGGGUUUGAUCUUCUGGCCGGAGAGCCCAGAGGAGAAGUCCUGGAUAACUCUUUCACGGGAGGAAUAUGUAAAACUGUCAAAAGCAGUAAAGCAAGCAAUGCAUACCGUGUUGCAGCCAAUCUGGAGACUGUCAACUUCGAGGAAGAAACUAUCGAAGAUGACUUGGAAACAGAUUUCUAUAAGGAUUUAACUCCAAUCGAAAAGAAUAAAAAUCGAGAAACCUUGGUUUUGGGUCAAGCAGACAGAAGUUCUUAUGUGCCGAUUUUUUAUUCCUCAACACAGAGUCAAUCCUCCACCCAAAAUUCUGCCUUCAAAGAGGCCAUUAAAGCCUCCCACAAAAAGGAUUCUAGUUUUAUCAGAAUCCAUAAAGUGAUCAAAGUCUUAAACUUCACGAUGAAAAGUAAAGACCUGCAGCUUUCGAACGUCUUUCUGCAAGCGCUUAACCACCUGCCGCUGGAGUACAACUACGCGGCGUACAGCCAGGUAUUCGAGAGCUUCGGCACGCACUACUUCACCUCGGGCUCCCUGGGGGGCGUGUACGACCUCCUCUAUCAGUACAGCCGCGAGGAGCUGCAGAACUCGGGUUUAACCACGUCAGAAGUUCAAAGUUGCAUCCGGAUCGAAACAAAGAGACGCAUUCUUUUCGUUAAAACAACAACCGUGAGACACGAGUGCACCCACAACAAGAUGUCAGAGAAAUACGAAGGUUCGAUGAUUCAGGGAGCAGAGAAAUCCAUCUCCAUGGUUCAAGGCGGGAGGAGUAAGGAGGCAGCGAGUCUGGUGUGGGAGAAGGGGGCCUCAGGUCUCAAUGAGAGGGCCUUUACUGAGUGGCUGGCAUCGGUGAAGGAUAAUCCUGUCGUGAUUGACUUCAAGCUCGCCCCCAUCACAGACUUGGUGAGAAACGUCGCCUGUGCCGUGACCAGACGGAACAACCUCCGCAAGGCUUUUCAAGAAUACGCAGCCAAGUUCGACCCUUGCCAGUGCGCUCCCUGCCCAAACAACGGCCGCCCCACACUCUCCGGGACCGAGUGUGUGUGUGUGUGCCAGAGCGGCACCUACGGUGACAACUGUGAGAGACGCGCCCCGGAUUACAAAUCUGACGCAGUGGACGGGAACUGGGGCUGCUGGUCGUCCUGGAGCCAGUGCGACGUCACAUACAAGAGGUCGAGAACCCGAGAAUGCAACAAUCCUGCCCAGCAGCGGGGAGGGAAGCCCUGCGAGGGCGACAGGCGGCAAGAGGAGCACUGCACGAUUUCCAUAAUGGAGAGCAGUGGACAACCAUGUAUCCAUGACGAUGAGUAUGUGAGAGAAAUCGACCUCCCGGACACAGAAUCCGAUACAGGGUGUCUUCAGCCGGUUCCCCCAGAAAAUGGAUUUAUCCGAAAUGAAAAGAGACUGUACUCAUUUGGGGAAGACGCUGAAAUCGCAUGCUACACCGGAUUCAGACUCGUGGGCUACCAGUACUUCCGCUGCCUGCCAGACAGGACCUGGAGACAAGCGGACGUGGAAUGCCAGCGAACCCGGUGCCUCAAGCCAGUCGUGCAGGAUGUUCUGACACUGUCGCCAUUUCAGACCUCGUAUGACAUUGGUACCUCCAUUGACCUAACCUGUCCCAAGGGCUUUGCCGUUUCCGGGCCGUCGAGGUACACGUGCACAGAGGAUUCCUGGGCACCGCCCGUUUCAGAGUCACUCACCUGUGAAAACGAUGUCCUGAGCAAAUUAAGGGGCAGUUGUAAACUAGGAGAAAAAGAAACGGAAUCUGGAUGCAUUUGCAUGUCCCCAGAAGAAGACUGCAGCCACUACUCGGAAGACCUCUGCGUGCUGGAUUCCCAAUCCAGCUCUCCCAUUACUUCACCAGUUUGUGAAUUUUUGGCCAAGAAAUGCUUAAAUAAUCAGCAAUUCCAUUUUCUACAUAUUGGUGCCUGCCAAGAGGGCCCACAAUUAGCCUGGGCUAUCGAAAGGCAAACACUUGCACUCAAUGGCACAAAGAAAGAACCCUGCGGCUAUGACACCUGCUAUGACUGGGAAAAGUGCUCAGCCUCUACCUCCAAAUGUGUCUGUAUGUUGCCCACCCAGUGCAUCAAGGGUGGAGACCAGCUCUACUGCGUCAGAAUGGGAUCAUCGACAAGGAGCAAGACAGCGAACAUCUGUGAAAUAGGAACUGUGAAAUGUGCCCAAAGGAAACUGGAAAUCCUGCAUCCUGGAAUGUGUGAGGCCUGACAGUUACUGAUAAACAGAUUAACUGUCCAAAACUAAUCCUUGCAAAAGGGCAUUCUUGUGCCAACAGCAGACUGGCAUGCCCAGAAGUUACUGACAGAUUCUUCUGUGUUAGUUUCUUCUCAUUAUUCUCCCCACCUCUCCUGCCUUGGCUUCCCCUCCGGCUCCAGCCCUGAAACCCCGCGGCACAUCCCUUAGUAACACCCUUCAUAUCAACCCGGUAAACUCUUCUGUUCACGUUGCAAUAAAAUGAUAGCACUUCGGAGGACCUUAUGACACCUGUGGUAUUAAGCAUCUUCCCGAGUAGAAAUAAGGACAAAAGCCACAAUUUUCUUCAAUGAGUCAAUAAACAGAAAUCUACAACAACUUGUAAAA